UGAAUUUGCAAACAGAGUUGCAUCCAUAAAUUUCCCAUGUAAGGCUUGAUGCGAUCGAACAUCUCAUUCAAACCUUCCUCCACCAUGUAAUCGAAGGACUCUAUGUGGUGCCUCACCAGCUGACGCAGCGGCUCGAAGUCCGCCGCUUGUUUCUUAUUCGUCAUCUUAUGUGGCUUCUUGUUCCUUCUGCAAUCCUUCUGGAAGCUCUUCUGUUGUCCUCUCAGAAGGGAGGGUUUAGCAGGGGUUUUUGCAAUAGAAGUUAAACAAGUCUUUUUAUGUUGCCAGGGGUUUUUGUUGUCUUCAGGGUUGUUGCUUUUAUAUUCCAUGGAUUUUUUUUUUCUUGUGCCUAUUUAAUUAUAUCAGGAUAAAUCAGUCAUUUAACUUUUGGAGCAGGGGAGCGUCCGGACUGGCUCAGACCAGACAUUGCUUUUUGUCAAUACCCCACUCCCAAAGUUCUCACUAGAGCAGGGUAACAAUCUUCCUCGCUCUCACAAUCUCAUUUCUCAGAUGAUUUCGAUUAAUUUUUUUCAACAAAUGUGAAAUCGGAAACGACGACGACGAUCUAUCAAUUCCCCCUGUCGAUCAAUCGGAAAAGUCAAAAAAUCAAAGUCUUUGCCGAUUUGCUCGUUCCGCGAAAAUCUGAAAUUUUAUCUUCUGGUGGAUUGUUUUACGGCGAAAUCGAUAAUAAAAUACGACAACGUUUAAUUGGAGCAGAGAUGGCAGCUAAGCAAAUGGAGGAGAUUCAGAGGAAAUUAGGAAUGCUUAAUUAUCCAAGAGCUAAUGCACCGGCUCAGUCUCUUCUCUUCGCUGGCAUGGAGCGUUAUGCUCUUCUCGAAUGGCUCUUCUUCAAGUUAUUAGGCGAUAAAUCUCCAUUCUCACAACAAAAUUUACAAGGAGAUGCUAUGGAUCGUGAUGAAGAGACUGGUCGCAUUCAAUAUUUAGCCGAGAUUGCGAAGUUUUUGGGUAUCACAACAACUAUAGAUGUGGAGGCAAUUCAAGGGCGUGGAAGUUAUGAAGAUCGAACUGAGAUGCUUCAACUUAUUGUUGAUCUAGUGGAGGCGAGCAUGUAUGCUGAUAAUCCUAAUUGGAGCAUUGAUGAGCAAGUAGCAAAGGACAUACAACUAAUAGAUUCUAUUGCAGAAAAACAAGCUCUCAUUUUCUCGGAAGAAUGCAAGUUGUUCCCUGCAGAUGUGCAGAUUCAAUCAAUAUAUCCAUUACCAGAUGUUUCUGAGCUGGAGACAAAGCUUUCAGAACAGUCAAAAAUACUUUCAAAUCUUCAACAGAAGGUCACAGAUUUGGCGUCUAAGCAUGCUUACAACCCAGAUGAGGAUUAUGCAGAGGUGGAAUCCCAACUUCGGGCAAAUCUGGAAUCUUUUCUUGAAACUGCAAGAUCAUUUAAUACAAUUUACACCAAGGAAAUUCGCCCCUGGACUCACAUGAUGGAGGUACCACAGCUUCAUGGGUUUGGGCCUGCGGCCAAUCGCUUGUUAGAGGCAUACAAGAUGCUUUUAAAGUUCUUAGGUAACUUGAGAAAUCUUAGGGACUCAUAUGCAGCUCUUGCUGUUGGAUCAUCUGAGACAAUUGCUGGCGAGCCCUCUUCAGUCACAAGAAUCAUUUCAGAGUGUGAAUCUGCCUUAACUUUCUUAAACCGUGAUCUUGGUAUUCUUUCUGCUUCAAUUGCUCGUGAGCAAGGUGAAAAGGUAACUUCAUGAAAUGUUAAAAAAAGAUAGGAACAGCUCUCGCUUUCGACGUCUUUUUUACUAUUUUUUCCAAAGCCAUCUUUGCUCGUGAUUUCUGUUAACUGCAGAACUGAUUGAUAAUUGAAUUCCAAUCUGACAAAAUGAUCAGGUCUUAGGGGCCUCAUUUUACAACAGCUUGUUUGUCUGUAAUUACAACGUUCACUUUUUUGGUUUGUGUGUAAUUUAAUGUCUUAUUAUUAAAUUGUUAAAAGAUUUUACGUUAA